GGCCCCGCCGCGAGGCGCGGACGAGGCGCCAUGGCUCCCCCCAGGAGAGGUGAGCUGAGCCCGGCGGAGAAGGAGCUGCUGGCGGUGAUUGCCCGAGGAAACACUGAAGAAGCUGGAAGGCUCUUGGGCAGCAAGAAUGUCCGUGUCAAUUGCUUGGAUGAGCAUGGCAUGACCCCUUUAAUGCAUGCAGCAUACAAAGCGAAAGCUGACAUGUGCAGGUUGCUCUUGCGGCAUGGAGCGGAUGUUAACUGCAAUGAACACGAGCAUGGAUAUACUGCCUUGAUGUUUGCUGGACUCUCAGGCAGCAAAGAAAUCACCUGGAUGAUGUUAGAGGCUGGAGCAGAGACUGAUGUUGUCAACUCUGUGGGAAGGACAGCAGCUCAGAUGGCUGCCUUUGUGGGUCAACAUGAUUGCGUGACCAUCAUCAACAACUUCUUUCCACGGGAAAGGCUAGACUACUACACUAAACCACAAGGACUAGAUAAAGAACCAAAACUGCCAGUGAAGUUAGCUGGGCCUCUUCACAAAAUUAUUACUACUACAAACUUGCAUCCUGUUAAGAUUGUGCUGCUGGUCAAAGAGAACCCCCUAUUGGCAGAAGUAGAAGCACUGCUGAAAUGCUACAGGGUGUUGGACCUGAUUUGUGAGAAAUGCAUGAAGCAGAGAGAUAUGAAUGAAGUACUGGCUAUUAAAAUGCACUAUAUCAGUUACAUCUUCCAGAAAUGUAUUAAUUUUCUCAAAGAGCGAGAGGAUAAACUGGAUGGAUUAAUCAAAAGUCUAUUGAAAGGCAGAGAUACAGAUGGUUUUCCUGUGUAUCAAGAGAAGCUUAUCAGAGAGUGCAUUCGAAAGUUUCCUUACUGUGAAGCUACCCUGCUCCAGCAGCUGGUGAGAAGUAUUGCUCCAGUUGAAAUUGGCUCUGAUCCUACUGCUUUCUCUGUACUUACACAAGCUAUUACUGGCCAAGUGGGCUUUGUGGAUGCUGAAUUCUGUACAACCUGUGGGGAAAAGGGAGCAGACAAAAGAUGUUCAGUAUGUAAAAUGGUUAUUUAUUGUGACCAGAACUGCCAGAAAAUACACUGGUUUACCCACAAAAAAGUUUGUAAGACGCUGAAGGAAGCUCAUGAGAAGCAAGAGCUAGAAGCUGCCAAAGAAAAACGGAAACAAGAAAAAAAGCAAGAGAGAGAUGAAGCACAGGCAGCUGAUCCUAGUUCCACAAAUGAGGAACAGUCAGACCUUCACCCAGGAGCUACCAAAGAAGUAGAUCCAAUUCAUGCAGUUGACAGAACAGAGGAAAGUGUGCUUAACAAUGAGCCAGCGGCCCCACAACCUCGUCCUGACAAUCAGUCUGAAAGCGAGACCAGCUUAGCUGACAUCGCUGUGCAAAAAGUUCAAGAAUCUGAAGAGUAAGAUGAUGGUGGGCAGGGGACUGAAGU